UCCACCACACUCCGACACAGAAGUUUCUUUCUUUUUUUUUCCUUCUUUUUAUUUUCUUGAUUAAAGAAACGUAGUCUAUACAUAUGGUCCGUUCGUGCCCCUGCAUGUAAUUUCUUCCCUGGAAACAUCAUGCUCUACUCAAAGACUCCAGAUUUAGCUCUGCUUCUUGAGAAGGAGAUCUUUCCAUUGCCUUAAAGUCGAAAGGCCUAGAUUUCAUAGAAAUCUCUAUUUGAGGGUUUACCACAAUGGGUAAGCAUCGGGAAGGAACAACGAUGAGCAAGAAGGCGAAUGAAGCACCGAUGGUUAUGGAAAUGGGAUCAAUUCUGAAUGGGAGAGCAAAGGUGAGUUCAACUCCUGCCUCGGGAGAUUUCCCGACCCUGAAGGGCUGCCUUAUCUGUUCUGGUGGUAAUGCAUGUGGUACUGUUCGUUCAAGAACCAAACUGAUGAACUCGUUGAUAGAACGAGGGAAACCUCAAGAGGCUCAUUCCAUAUUCAACGCUCUUAUAGAGGAAGGCCACAAGCCGACCGUCGUCACAUACACUGCUCUUAUAUCCGCCUUGACCCGACAAAAGCGCUUUGACUCCGUGCUCUCUCUCAUCUUCAAAGUAGAGAAAAACGGUUUGAAACCCGACGCCAUUCUCUUCAAUGCAGUGAUCAAUGCCUCUUCUGAGUCGGGAAAUCUCGAUCAAGCGAUGAAGAUCUUUCAGAAAAUGAAGGAAAACGGGUGUAAACCCACAACAAGUACGUACAACACGAUUAUUAAGGGGUAUGGAAAAAUUGGUAAGCCCGAGGAAUCCUCGAGGCUUCUCGAGACAAUGUUACUGGACGAAACACUUCAACCGAAUGACAGAACAUAUAACAUACUCAUCAGAGCUUGGUGUAACAAGAAGAACAUCGAAGAAGCUUGGAAUGUUGUCUAUAAGAUGAUGUCAUCGGGUAUCCAACCCGAUGUUGUCACGUUUAACACAAUGGCAAGGGCCUAUGCCCAAAUCGGGUUGACAUACAAGGCCGAGGAGAUGAUACCGAGAAUGUUGAGCAGUAAGAUUGUACCGAAUGAACGAACUUGUGGUAUCAUUGUGAAUGGAUAUUGUAAAGAGGGAAACAUGGCAGAAGCUUCGAGGUUUGUGUACAGAAUGAAGGAGCUCUGUGUUAAUCCGAACCUCGUCGUGUUUAACUCUCUUAUCAAAGGAUUCCUCGACAUAGCUGACAAAGAUGGAGUCGACGAGGCACUGACACUGAUGGAAGAAUUUGGAGUAAAGCCUGAUGUUGUUACGUUUAGCACUAUAAUGAAUGCAUGGAGCUCGGCGGGAUAUAUGGACAAAUGUGAGGAAAUCUUCAAUGAUAUGAUCAAAGCUGGGAUAGAUCCCGACAUCCAUGCAUUCAGUAUCCUAGCAAAAGGGUAUGCUCGGGCCGGAGAACCUAGGAAAGCCGAGCAAAUUCUGGCUCUGAUGAGCAAGUCUGGCAUUCGGGCAAAUGUGGUAAUCUUCACUACAAUUAUAAGCGGUUGGUGCAGUGCCGGGAAAAUGGAAGAAGCGAUUAGGGUUUAUCACGAAAUGCGGGGGAACGGUUUGCGGCCGAACUUAACGACCUACGAGACUCUAAUAUGGGGAUAUGGAGAGGCGAAACAGCCGCGGAAAGCGGAAGAGGUUCUGGAAAUGAUGGAGGAGGGGGGUUUAACUCCGUCGAAGAAGACGAUACAGCUCGUAUCCGACGCAUGGCGAGCCAUCGGUCUGUUGAACGAGGCGAAGAGAUUGGCGAGAACUUCGCAGAAUGGCACGGAGAGUUCAUCGAAGGCCGAGAAUAGUGGGACGACGAAAAUGGUUUUCGAGAAUCGGCUCGGGUCGGAUUCCUUGACAGCCAGAACAAGAACAAGAAGCCGAAUGGUGUUGAAUCUUGUUGCCAAAUCCGGGUUUUGCAUGAGAACGAGAGGCUUUGUCGGGGUGAAAGCCAUGAUCGAGAAACCAGGGAGGUUUGUAAAUUCGUGUAGAUUAGUGUUCUUACACUGAACAAGAACGGUCCAAAGGCAUUGAUGGUUUUGUUUCUUGAAAGAUGUAGAUAAUUAAGACAGAACCCUGUCUUUGAAAAUGGGCUCUUUUCUUUGUUUC